AUGACUCCUCAAUCCUUCACAUAUGUCUACGGGACCAAAGGCCAUCGAGCUUGUUUCAAUUGUCGGCGCAAGAAAGUUAGGUGCCAUGGAGAAAAGCCGGCCUGUCGCUUCUGCACCCGCCUAGGUCAGCAAUGUCGAUACCCAGAUUCUCAAUCCUCCGCUUCCCUGUCGGUAGCGCUCGAUCGUGCUGAAGUCGGCAGAGAUCGAGAGCGUGAAAUUCUACUUGCUAGAAUUUCAGCCUUAGAGGAGCGACUCUCGAAGGCUACAAUCCAGCCAGAUCUAUCGCUGCCAGCCGAAUCUCAAGAGUCCAACUACCUAAGUCGCACAUCAUCUAUAGACAGCAAUCCGCUAGCCCCCAACCCACCAACAUCUCAACUUCAAACAAAUCCUUCAGCUUUUAACUUGACUUCAACAUCGAACCUGCCUGAUCCAGAAAUCUUGAUCGACAGCUACUUCCGAUUUUUCCAUAAUCAGCCUUACUCUUUCUUCGACGAGCAAUAUUUUCGGGAGCGGUUUCGUGCUGGAACACUUCCACCCGCGCUGCAAUAUGCAGUGUCCGCUAUUGCUUAUCGCUUUGUUGACAAUUCGAUUAUUGAUAGACAUCCCGCACAAGCGCAAUGCUACGCGGAUAUGGGCUGGGCAGCCGCCAUGACUGAAUGCUUCAACAGUGAAAAAGGCCCUGACCUUGUAGGUGUGCAGGCUUUAACUUUACUUGCGAUAUUCGACUUUAUAGAGUUCGUCAGCACUCCAGACUGUGAUCUGAGUGGACUCGAGUCGUUUGCCAAAGUCACAGUCGUCGUUUCCACCGUCAGUCAAGUCGCAACCUAUGCAUUUCAGUUAGGCAGUAGCCUCGAUAUAAAACCCCCUUGGGACCACGCCUCGGAAUAUUCAGUGCUAGCGUCCAAGCUACACGGCUUUGGCGCUUACUUCGAGACAUGGAAGCCCAUCUCAAGUACAAUUCUUAACCACUUUGUCCACGAGAACACCAUCGAUUACAGGGCAUCGGAGCAAUUUUUGUACUCUUACGUCGUGUUCCCAAGCUUCUUCACUGCUACUAUGAAAUCAGGCUUCGAGCAUGCUCAAGAGCUUACGCACGCCUUAGCGUUCGCGCGGCAAUCCGGACACAAGGCCGCAGCUUCUUUCUAUGGGUAUUCAUCUUUGGUUGCAGCCUCAAUAAAUGCCCUCUAUCAAUAUUCCGAAGAUGCGGACAUUCGUCAGCAGUCCGUCUCAGCUUUACAGGCCAACGUUUCAUUCCUACAACAACAUGCUUUGUACUGGCCGAAUGCGGCUAAAAUGGCUUUAACGCUAGACAACUACAUCCUCAAGGUCGGAGAGUACCGAUCACUUAUUAAUGUCGCAUGCGAAUCUAUCGAUCUAAGCCAAUCAGACAUCGACUAUCUAUAUUCAGUUGUCGACUAUGGCACAAUGUCAACGGCCGCAGCCAGUGAUAAUUCGGGACAGAGUAAAGAUACUCCGGCUACGAUGCAGCUAGCCCCAGAUGAUGAACAUAAUUCCCAAGUAGCGAAUAUCAGCAGAGAUCGUGCCGUCAGCGACUCAUACGACACGGCGGCACUCCUCGCCAGUGCAACCCCUUACAGUCCAGGGCUUGGAAGCGAUUUCGACUUUGAUUUUUCAAAUCUGCACCAUUCACAACAUGACCCUGAGUUUUAUGCUCAAUUCUUUACUGAUCUGGCUCUAUCUACAUGA